AAAUUUUUCUUUUAUAGGUUAUAAAUAUAUUGGUUUAAGUGAAAAAUAAUUAUUUAAUGAUAACUAAUAAAAAAUGUUAUGUUCAUGUAUAAGUCGUUUACUAUCCAAACAAAACUUAUUAGUUUAUCAUUGUAAAGCUUUAUUAUCAACUGUCAAUGAGAACAUACUAAGUUCUUCCAUACCAACCAUAACAGAAUCUACAGCUCCAAUUUAUGACACCAAACUAUUAAAAGUAGCAAUUAUAGGAAUGCCAAAUGCUGGAAAAAGCACCUUAAUAAAUGGUUUAAUGGAUAGAAAGGUAUGUCCAGCCUCAUCAAAAGUACACACUACUAGGACACAAGCAAAAGCAAUAUUUACCGCUGAAGAUACUCAAAUAAUUUUUAUCGACACACCUGGACUUGUUAAUGAUAGGGAGCAAAAGAAAUUUAACUUACAAAAGACUUUCAUCAGGGAUUAUAAAACAGUUUCUAGGGAUGCUGAUAUUAUUGGAGUCAUUCAUGAUGUUUCGAAUAUCUGGACUAGAGAAAGAUUGGAUAUAAAAAUUAUAAAACUAUUAGAAACACAAAAAACAAAACCCAGCUUUUUAGUGCUAAAUAAGAUUGAUGUAUUAAAGUCAAAAAGAAAAUUGUUAGAUCUUACUAGAAAUUUAACAGAAAAUUCUCUUGGAGGAAAACCUAUAGAGUCAAGAAAAUUUACAGAAACUGAGAUUGAAAGUAAAGGAUGGCCAUAUUUCGAUCAUAUUUUUAUGGUAUCUUCUUUAACAGGUGAUGGUUUGGAAGAAAUACGAGAAUAUCUGAUUUACAAUGCAAAACCAGGAGAAUGGAUGUUCCCAGGGGAUACUUGGACUGAUCAGAAAGCAGAGUCUGUGGUAAUAAACACAGUAAAAGCUGUUUUAUUAAACCACAUGCCUCAGGAAAUACCUUAUAAGCUUCAACCGAAACUAGAAUAUUUUAAUAGUGACGAAGUAACAGGUAAAAUAAAUGCAGUUGUUUUAAUAAAGUGCCCCACUUCAAGGAUUGCAAAACUAUUAGCAGGCGCAUCUGAUGGAAGACUAAGAUUGAUCACGGAAAACGUCCAGAGGGAUUUGCAAGACUCAUUCCAGAACUUCGUUAAAAUUCAAAUUGUACCAACACCCUUAGCUGAUAACGAAUAAAUUUAAUUUAAUAUAA